GAUUUGAACUUUUCUCGUCACCCUGAUCAUUUUGAUAUAUAUAUAACCCUAUAUCUUACUCGUUUAGUUUUAGGACUUACAACCAACCGUUAUAUGGACAAAACUAUAAUACUCUCGUAGCAACUUUGUUGCGAGAGUAUAAAAAACGAAAAACUCGAGAUUUCAAAGUAGAAUAUAACUCUGAUUUAGUCGAUUUUAUACUAUAUGGACGGGUCUUAGGGUCAGAUGAACUGAAGUUAGAGAACCGAUGGUGGGAUUAUUCCAAGAUUCCGGGAUCGACCGAUCAUAUACGAAAGAUCAAGUCAGGCAAUAAUCAUAUUAUUUUUUUUCCUUGUUGCAUACUAUAAAUUCCAACUACCACAUUACUAUUUGCUUUUUUAACAAAGCAAAUAUUUGUGUCAAAGUUCUGUUAUAAAACCCCGGGAUUUCUAUAAAACAAGAAUAGUUUGUUUUUAUUUCAGUUACUGAUCGUUUAAAAAAUGAGAAUUUUCAUAAUUUUAUUGGGUUUAGCAGCAAUCGCAUUACUCUGUGAUGCCGCUGCUGUGCAAAGAAAGCCAAACAACAACAAUGCACCUGCACAAAAACGUCCAAACCAAGCUGGCAAAGUGAAUGCCCGCGCCCCAGCAGCUGCAGGGGGUAAUAAGAAAAAAGUUGGACCUCAAGGACAAGUACGCAAACCAGCUGCCCCGAAAGUUGUAGCUAAACCAGCGCAACCUGUCAAGAAACCUGCUGUCAAUCCAGCAACAAAGCCAAAACCAGCACAAAGACCGAAUGGAGGUGUUAAAAAACCACAAAAUCCAGUGAAAAAAGGAAAUCAAAAUGCUGGUGCUAAGCCACAGCAGCCAAACCGUAAGGGCGCUGGCGUACGUCGACGCCGCAGAAAGAAUGCUGGCGUCGCUGCAGGCGGUAAAAAGCUAAAGAGGAGAAGGAAAGUCGGUCAAGCUGGCAAACCAGGCCAAGUCGGCAAAACGGGUGGUGCGGGUAAGCAAAAACCUGUUGGUAAUAAUAAUAAUGGUGGCGUUAAAAAUGGCGAAGACUUAGAGGCUGGUGGUGCCGAGGACGAGGAAGAAGUUGAAGAAGACACUGUUGAUGAGGAGGCACCAUUAGAAUAUGGUGAAGAAGAAGAUGGUGAAGCUGAAGAAGGACAAGGUGAAGAAGGAGAAGGUGAAGAAGUUGAAUAUGAAUAUGAGGACGAUGAAGAAGGUGCAUCGGAAAAUGGUGACGAAAAUAAUGCCGAUGGUGGAAUUGAAAACGAUAACGCAGCGGGUGAAGGCGAUGAGUAUGAAUAUUACUAUAGCUCUGAAUACGAUGAAUAGU